AUGUCAUCCUACCUCAGCAACUUGUUGACGCAGACGACAUCGCGGUACAAUUCGCUACGGCGGACUUUGUUGUCGAAUGAGGAGGACGGUGAUACCGAGGAUGAUUCGCAUAUCUCGAGAGUGCUUCGAGCAUACUACACCGAGAAGGGAAGACCAUUUCCACCAUGGCUACCACCGGAUCCAAACGAUAGACGUGCCAUCACACCACAGCCAGUGUACGCCCAGCAGCCUAGCUAUAUGACCAGUGCAGGCAGCAGAAGCCAGCUAUCGAAUGUACAGAACACCGCGGGCUCAAGAGGAAGCCUGAGCGACCUGUGGGACGCACCCACACAACCUGCGGCGCCUAUGCAGCCUACGAGUCUACGAGCAGGUCGCAGACCAAUGCAGCCCGCGACCAAUCCUGCAAGCACACUUGCACCACCCGCACAAGCACGUCCACUCCCUUCUCAACGAGCGGGGUCAUAUCAGAGUGUGCAGUCGCAGCGGGGAGGCGCGGUGGAGCAGAGUCCGCCUGGAAGUAGUGGCGGUGGUGGGACGGCACAGGAGAGGUUGAAAGCAAGGCUAUGGGGUGGGAACAGAGCUGCGAGCCCUGGCUUGAGCUCGGGUGGUGUGGGAUCGUCGAAUCCAUAUGAUCAACCUGUUGGAAAUCCACCAUAUAAUUCCGGUGGAGGCAAUCCGUAUGAUACGGGAGGUGGAGAGAGUAGUAGGAGAUAUGGGAGGUGA